UUUUAAUUAAGUGAAAUGCAAAGUAUUGGCAAUAAAUCUCCUUUAAAACAUGCCUUAGUAAAUUUUAAAAUUAUGAGCAAAGUUUUGGUUGGAUAUGGAAAUGACAGGAUUAAACGUUUUCGAGGAUCAAAUUAUAGAAUGUGCUUGCAUACUGACUGAUUACAAAUUACAAACAAUAAUAAAAGGACCACAUAUUGUUAUUCAUGCAGACAAAUAGGUGUUAGAUGGAAUGGAUUAAUGGUGUACCACUACUCAUAAAGCUUCAGGAUUAUAUCAAGAGUCCUUGAAUUCUACUGUGACUGUAGGUUAAGCUUAGGAAUAAAUACUCCAAUUUUUAAAUUAAAAUAAUAUACCUCCAAAAGUGCUCCCUUUGGCAGGAAAUUCAGUUUAUAUGGAUAGAUUAUUUGUAAUGAAACACAUGCCUUAAUUGGAUCAGUUUUUACAUUAUCGGAUUGUAGAUGUGUCUUCAAUUAAAUUGUUAUGUUAAAACCUAAAUCCUAUUGUGUGUAGCCAGUAACCAUAAAAGAAAUUGAAUCAUCGAGCAUUAGAUGAUAUUCUGGAGAGUAUUGAGGAACUAAGAUACUAUUAACAAAAAUUUAUGGUAUGUUAACAACUUUGA